AUGGUCAUGAUAAUUAACAACAAGAUAAAACCUCCAGGAGGAGAACCAAUCUGGUCGUGGUACUCAAGAGCAGAGCAACUAGACUACCUGAAAGGGUUCCUCAAACCACUUGCAUUCGAGAAAGAAGAAACAGCCAAGGCCAAGGAUCCUGAGGAUAUAAUUGUUCUACCAAAUACUGAGGAUGACAUUAACCCAGAAAAUGUCACUGUAGAAAAACCUAUGCCCUUAGUGUCUGUAAAACAAGAACCAAUAGAUGAUGAACAUGAAAAAUUGCCUGUCCUUGAGAAAAAUCUACCCGUGUCUGAUAAUGUCAACCCAGAGUCAGCUGUAGUAUAUGGUCCUCAUCAACUUGAUCCUCCUGCUUCCCUUUUCACCAAACUCAACUUGUUUAACAUCAUGGAUGAACAUAGAAGAUCAACCUCUCUCACAAAUAGACUGUCUAUUCCCCUGAAUAUCCCACAAACUACAAAACCCACACAAGACAAAAUUCUGUCUUUGCCAUCACCACAAACCACACAAACAGAAAUUCCUGAACAUCAAAAUCCUGAAAAUCCUCUCCCCAUCCAGUCAGAAAACUCUCAUACUGAUGAAACUAGGUCUGAACCUCAAUCCGAACCAAAUCCUGAAACAACACCUACCAUCCCCAUUGAUGAUUCUCCACUAGAUUUUGAGUUUGAAACAGGAAAUCCUCCAGAAUUACCAGUUGCAGUUGAGUUUGAAACAGGAAAUCCUCCAGAAUUACCAGUUGCAGAACAAACUGAUGAAGAAAAUCCUCCAGAAUUACCAGUUGCAGAACAAACUGAUGAAGAAGACAAUCCAGAAUUACCAGUUGCAGAACAAACUGAUGAAGAAGACAAUCUGCCAUUACCAGUUGCAGAACAAACUGAUGAAGAAGACAAUCUGCCAUUGUCUCAAGUGAAGAAGAACCAAGCAAAGGCAAAAGGAAAGAAGAAGAUUCAGGAAGAACAUGUGGACAAAAAUCCUGUGGCAAAAAUUCAUGUUUUUCCCGCCCCUGUCACCAGGCGAAAAACCAGGUCAUCCACAGCACAACAGGAGAAGGAAACCCCCUCACCAACACGAAAAACCAAGAAAAAACAGCCAAUUGCUGAACAACAUGUCCCUGUGGAAACAACUGCUAGUAAAAAGAGAAAAAAGAACACCACUCAAACUCAGCAAUCUGAAAGCCAACCGGAUGUCUCUACCGUAACACCCCUUGAAGUAAUCACCCCUCAAUUCCUAUCUGAUGAGUAUGCUGCAAGAUGGGACUCAACAAACAAAAGGAAAAUCCUGAGCGAAAGGUAUCUUGAUGUUGAAAAGUUCAAGUCUCAGUGCCAACUUAUGCCAGUGUUUGAGAAGCUAAACCUUGUCAAGUCUGUAACAACUCAGACUAGCUAUCCACCCAUUGCCAUCAAGGAAUUUUAUGCAAACCUUCUGAAGACUAUCAAGGAUGCCGGCUCACAUGUUUAUGGACAUGCAAGUGACAUUGAAGACCCUGUUAUUGGUGCAAAUACAAUCACGAAGGUCAUUACAGGAGGAACAUACAGCUAUUGGCCUGCUGAAACCAACAUGUUGCCAGCAAAAUCUCUCACAACAAAGUAUGCUAUACUGCACAAACUGGCCAUGACAAACUGGAUGCCAAAUGAACACCGAGGAGGUUUAAACUUUCUUAUGGCCACCCUGAUCUACAAGAUAGGCAAAUGUAUUCCUGUUGACUUAGGUGACAUCAUCUUCAAACAUGUGGCAUCCUUCAGAAAACCAGAGUCUAAGGAGAGCAAGGUAAAAUUGCCUUUUCCCUGCACAAUUUAUGGAGUUCUGCGCUCACAAGGGUUCAAACCAGAACCAAAUGAGCCUAUGGAGGCACCUCAAGUCAGAACAAUCGAUGUCAGACUCAAACAAGGAAGUCAUGUGCUUGACAUCUUUCCAGAACAUGCAAGCAGCUCAGCCCCAGCUCUGAACCUUGAUGCACCAUUUACCAGCAAACUCACAGCCCAGCACCUUGACAAAAGCAUCAGAGAUCUUAACACGAUCAUACAGAUACUUGUUGAAAAGAGAACAACUGAGAUGCAAUUACGUGAACAAUUGAGAUUGAGAGAUCAAGAGAUGACUGCUGUUGUCACUGAAACACCCACUGAUACAUCUACUGCACAUGAAGCUGAUUCCAUCGCACCUGAAGCUGAUUCCACCGCAAACAGUCAGGAGGAUGAGUCCUCAGAAUCUGAAUGA